AUGAGUUCCAGGCAUCGUCCAUUGCACACGUGUGGAGCUUCACUACUGGCGAUUGCUCAUAGUGCUUACGAAAAAGCUCAAGCUUUUAACGGACCAAUAGGUUCGACGACAAGAAGGGUAGCCACAUUUGCCAGUCCACUACUCUAUGCCCUGCAAUAUCAAUGGCUAGCGAUCCUCUCCUUUGCCGACGAUUACAUCCUAGUCGUUGAAAACGUCAUGGAGAAAUUGUUUCCCCCAUCAACCUACGUAUUCGACAGGAUUGACUACCUUGUCCAGAUCAUAGCAACUUUCCCAGAAAAGUUUGAUGAUGCUUUGGACAGAGCUCCUGAGAUUCUCCACCAACUUGGCUUUGAUUGCGCGCUUGUCCAAGCUGUCUCGUGGCUGAACUUCUUGAUCGCUACAUUGACUCACUGGGAGUCGGGAAGUGCAAGGGAAAAGGAUAUCAUGGUUGAUGUAGCACACCAGCCUGCAGAGACAGACAGCAAGACAGUUGAUUCAGGCGUUGUGGAAGACACGUACGAGGAGGUACUAGAGAAGGGGACAAAGGAAAACGUGGAAAAGAAAUCAAAGGAAGAAGUUGAAAAGAUGGAGAAGAUCAAUGAGAAAACCAAUGCAGAUAAAAGCAAAAAUGAUCCAAUUCUAGAAUUGUUCGAGUCGGGAUGGCUCAUGAACCCUGGAAGAGGGGACAAAGGGAGCUCGAGGAGACAUUCUGCUUCAGACGCGGCGAUGUGA